AUGGCCAGCAGCCUGCACGCAGCAGAGGCGAAGCGCGAGGGCCGCACCCCUCCUCCGGCGCCCAGCGCCGCGUACGCUAAGAGGGCGCGCGAGAUCAUUGAGGACGAGACUGGCUUUUCCCUCGACAGCGCUACCAGAGGGAGACCAAGAGCUGGAACAUUGCCCUCGUCAUUUCAGGAGCGCGAGUUGGCAGACAACUCGAAGCAGUCUUCUCCCCAGCGCACCUCGGCUCUGCAGCCCGCCUACCUCCCUCAGCGUCCCUCCCUGCGCCACGCCACGUCCUCGGCUCCCGCUCUCGAGCACGAGCAUCCUCGCCAGCGCUCAGGCUCAACUUCGGAGGUCAACACUGCCUUCGCUUCAUCGGCUUUCUCUAACGCCUGGUUAGCCAACCCCGGUCAGGCUGGCGCCAAGUCGCCCCUGGGACGUGGAGGCGAUGACUACAUGGAGACGCCCGUCUCGAACGACCUCAACUUUAGCACCCUCGACUACCUCGGGCUCGCUGACACCAAUGCUAGCGACGACAUGGGUCCCGCGAGCAUCUCGGAACUUCGGAGCCAGCACCGUCGGGCGAUUGACGCACAAGGUCCCGCCAGCCGCAUCCGUGCUUCGACCGUUUCGAACGUGAACCGUCCCUUCAGGCCCAGCGUCACCUCGGCAUUUGACGACGCACCGAGCAGUCUCGCGAAUGCUUUCGAGCAAGUCUCCAUCUACGACCAGCUCCUGCCUUCUGCCCAGAUUGGAGGAGGCGGCUUCCCCAGCGGCUCUCUGCUCCACCCCAAGGUCGCUGCCGCUCGUGGCGAAGCUAGCAGACCUCGCGCGACGACUAUCGGGUCCCUCGACAACAUCUCUGGCCGAGGCGGUCUUCGCGGCUUCCUUUCGAGCAUCCCUCAGUCUCCCCUGCAGGGCGAGUAUGCUGCCAACUCGGCGUUUGGCGAGGCCUCUCGCUUCGGCUACCCUCCCCGUUCUAGGUCGGAUCGCGACUUGACGCGUUCGCGCGAGGGGUCCCGAGACCUCCGCGGGCACCGCCUGUCGAUCUCGUCGCAGAACUCUAGGACUGGCACGCCUGAUAACGCCGGGUCUUCCACUCCCCAGAUGCCGACUCGCUCCCUGUGGAUCGGAAACCUCGACGUGAACGCCACCAGCGAAGCCCUCCUUCGCGUCUUCUCGUCCUACGGUGCCAUCGAGAGCCUUCGCAUGCUUCCGGAGAAGACUUGCGCCUUUGUGAACUUCAUGGACAAGGCGGACGCCGUCCGCGCCCGUGACGACGUCUUAAACCGUCUCGGUGGCCAGGUCCCCGAACUCUCUGAGACGGCCCCCGUCCGCAUUGGCUUUGGCAAGAUCGACUCUGCGCCUACCGGUCCCACUACGAGCACCGUCGCCCCCGCCCCGCCUGGUCUGGUCUUUACCAACGGCCAGAUCACCAUCACUCAGACCCAGCCGAGUGCCGGUGGCGCCACCGCUCCUGGCCCCGAUGCGGCUGGAGACCAGAGUGCCCUCCCCACGCGUGCUCUUUGGAUUGGAAGCAUUCCUAGCACGACCUCUUCCGCGACCCUCCUCCAGAUCUUCUCUCCCUUCGGACCUGUCGAGUCUGCUCGCGUUCUGACCCACAAGUCUUGCGGCUUCGUCAACUUUGAGCGUCUUGACUCUGCCAUCUCUGCGCGCAACGCUCUGAACGGCCGUGACAUCUUGGGCUCCGACAUUGGCCCGAUCCGCAUCGGGUUCGCGCGUGUCCCCACGAAGUCGCCCCAGAUUGGCGGUCCCGAACCCGAGGAGGGCUCUUCUCCCGCCAAGCUCGGCGAGGGCCUCAACACUGUUCGCGGUGCGACCGCUGUCACGACUGAGCAGCAGUUAUCGACUGAGGGCGGCGGUGUUGAGAACUACCGCUCGCAGCUCGUUCUCGAUCUCGUCAAGCAGGGUGUCCACGAGCAGGUUCUGGAGCGCGGUCUCGCCCCCGAUGGUGCGGUCUCUGAGCAGCAGAUGAUCAUGCAGGUGCUCAGCGGAAGCAGGGAGGAGGAGGAGGACGAUGUCCGCGCCGCGGCCGAGGUCCGCCCCCCGGUCACUUACUACACGACCAUUCCGAUCAUCGGUGACAGGCAGAGCAUGCGCCGCUUCGACGUCUCUCGUCUUCGCGAGCUGCGCAAGCGCCUGGACUCGGGCUCGGCCUCUCAGGAGGAUGUCGACACCAUCACCCGCGACCUCAUGGAGGACUCUGCUGAUCUCUCGUCCGACUACAUCGGAAACACGGUCAUUCAGAAGCUCUAUGAGCGUGCCAGCCCCGACCUGCGCCGCCAGAUGCUGGAGCGUAUCGCUCCUCACCUUGCCAUGAUCGGCAUCCACAAGAACGGCACCUGGGCUGCGCAGAAGAUAAUCGAGUGUGCUACGACCGAUGAGGAGAAGGACCUGAUCACCAUGAACUUGCGUCCGUUUGCGCCGCCCCUUAUGUGCGACUCUCUCGGCAACUACGUGUGUGCCGGUACUCUCCGCUUCGGCGCCCCCUACAGCGACUACGUUUACGAUGCGAUGAUCGACCGUAUGUGGGACAUUGCCCAGAACCGCUUCGGUGCCCGUUGUAUGCGCACCUGUCUCGAGUCGCCCCACACGACGCUGUACCAGAAGAAGAGGAUUGCGACGUCGGUCAUUCUCAACUCGAUCCCGCUCGCCACCAACCCCAACGGUGCCCUUCUCCUGACCUGGCUCGUGGAGCAGUCCAACCUCCCCGGUCGCUACGGCCUGCUGGCCAACCGCUUCGCGCCGCACGUUGCCCACCUGUGCACGCACAAGCUGGCCUCGCUCACUGUGCUCCGCAUCAUCAACCAGACCACCGAGCCCGCCGCUGCGAGUACGCUUCUCCAGACCAUCUUCCACUCGCCCAACGACCAGAUCCUCACCGAGAUUCUCGGUGACGCCUCGAAUGGUUCGCAGGUGAUUGGCAAGAUUCUCGCGGUCAGCUCGAUCUCGAAGGAGGAGAAGCCCAAGUUGCUCGAGGCCGUCCGACGUGUCCUGCCCAGCAUCAAGGCGGCCAGCACCCCGCCUUACCGCCGCCUCCUCGAGGAGGUCGGUCUCCCUAUUCCUCAGAGCAGCUACCAGCGCUCGAACUCGACGGGUCCGGCUAGCACCCAGGCUGUCCCCAUGGCUGCCGCCGGUUGGCAGCAGGGCUACCAGGCGCAGUUAGGUUUCGCCCCCGUCAUGAACCCGGGCUUCCCUCAGCCUCUUGCGCAGACCAUCUCGCCUCUUCUGAUUCCUCAGAACAUGGCUCUUGGUCAGGCCAUGCGCGCUGGUUCGCCGCCGAACGGCAGCGCCCAGCCCCACACCCCCCGCCGGGGCCAGCGUGGUCGCAUGAGCCCCAUCUCGCAGAUGCUCUCGCCCGGUUCGGACCCUUUCAAUCCUAGCCCCGGCAUGGCUCUUCCGGUCCGCGGCAACCAGUCGCUCUCGUUCGACUCUCAGACGAAUGUUGGCGGUCUCGGUAUCCUCCCCAACCAGCCCUACUACCAGCAGGGUGGUCCGGGGAUGUACGCCCAAACUGGGUUUCAGUGA